AUGGAGCGUGUACGACCAAAAGACGAUCCAUGCAUCUUCUGCUUCAAAAUAGUGUCAUCUGAAAAAGAGAAAAGAUACGUUACAACAGAAAAUUACACACAAUUAGGUUUAACGGAGGAUGAAUUCAUCACAACACGAGGCAAAAUAAUUUGUUCUGCGUGUAGAAUGUCGAGAAUACUUCCGAAAUACAAGAAUAAGUGUCGCACAUUAAAUUGCACUACGCCGAGAAGAAAAAUUAAAUUACGUGAAUUGCAUUUAUCCGACAAAGAGGAACUCAUCAUUGAAGAAAAAUUUCAAGUGUCAAAGAACGAAAAUGUGUGCCGGGCCUGCUCGUACAAAAUAUACAAAUACAUUGCGACUAGCUUGAAAGUAGAAAAUAACGAUUACAUUCCAAAAGCUAUAAGCCAAAUGGAUUCUGUGAUCUGUACCUACAAUAGAUAUCCAGCCUCGAGUAACAUCAACGUUCAACACCUAGAUGCCUCAACACCUCCACUCAGCAAUAGCAGCAGUGAGAGGAGUUUGACUAAUGGUCGCGUGUCGCGGGUAAAAAGUCGCGGGUCGCGGGUAAAAAGUCGCGGGUAA